AUGAUACAAAGAAAAGUAAUCAAGCGUCAGGAAAUAGAAACUACAUCUUCUAUAGGGACCUCUUCCGUAGGAACCUCUUUCAUAAGAGCCUCUUCCGUUCCAACCUAUUCACAGGAAGCCACACAACCAACUCCACCAGUUAUACAACUUUUACCAACUUUACAGGCCUCACAGACGGAUAAAGGACCAAUACCAAUAGCAGUGAUCUCGACACCUCCAGGAAUAAUCACUCCAUAUAUAACUAUGACCGUUACAGAUAAGGUAAUACCAACACCCACAACUUCUAAUGCAGCAGAUUUAAAUGCAAGCUCACCACAAGCCAUUAUACUCGCAGCGUCUGUUUUGUGUUCAGUUGGGCUAAUAACGAUUUUAGGCGUUGUAAUUUUAUGUUGGUUUAGAAAAGGAGAGAGAAGUAAAUCUGAAAGGAAUGAAGUAUCUCAAAUACAUGAUGAUGAAGUUAUACUAAGAAGAAGUAGAAGGGAUAAUUUUGACGGGUCAAUUGAUCAAAGUGACGACUUUGUAACUUAUAGACCAAGUGAUCCUGAUGAUGAACAAUUACCUAGUUAUGCUGAAGCCAUUGUAAUAGGAAGGGCAAGUUUACAAAGUGGACAAUAUGGACAAUAUGGACAAUAUGGACAACAUUAA